GGCAACAUUGACAUUUUAACAAAACAAAUUUUAAGUGUUCUGCAAUUUCUUUCUUGCGUAUUUUUAAUUGUAUUUGCAUUAAACAAAAUCUCACCAUGACCACAAAUGGUCUUGAGUCAAAGUCGUCUACUCACAGCUCCCCAGGCCAACUUAUACCCUUGAUGAAUUGCAAGCGGCAAGAUUAUCUACACUGGGAUGAUUAUUUUAUGGCCACCGCAGUUUUAUCUUCGCAACGUAGCAAGGACCCUGUGACCCAAGUGGGUGCUGUCAUCGUGAAUGAGGACAAUCGUAUUGUGGCCAUCGGUUACAAUGGCUUUCCCAGUCGCUGUGAAGAUGAUGAGUUCCCCUGGUAUAAACUGUCGGAAAUAGAGGAUCAACUGGACAAGGAUCAGCAACUGGAUCCAAUGAAUGAUAAGAAAAUGUUUGUAGUGCACGCCGAGGCCAAUGCGAUAUUGAAUAAGAAUUGUGCCAAUUUAAAGAAUACACGACUCUACACGACUCUCUUUCCCUGCAAUGAAUGCGCCAAACUUAUAGUGCAGUCGGGCAUAUCGAAAGUUUUCUAUAUCUCCGAUAAGUAUGCUGACAAACCAAUAUAUCGUGCGUCGCGCCUUAUGUUUGGUAAAGCUCGCAUCGAGUGUGAGCGUUAUGUGCCGAAACAAAAGAAAAUCGUUAUAGACUUCGAUAGGAUAUUGAAUGAGGAUUUGAAUCUGACACAGGAAAUAGAGAAUUUCAGGCUGUAGAAGGGAUAAGGAAGAAGAUCUUAAAGGUCGAAUGGGUGCACAACCUCUUACGAGGGGACUUCAACCAGUCAGCAUAAUAGUUUUAAAAAUAUUUAAGUGACAAAAAUUGAAUCUUUGUUUAAAACAGUGAUAGCGAACAGUUGUGCAAAUGCCUAUGAAUGCCGCUGAUAUAAGGAAGAAAUUCUGCUUGCCCCGACACAUGCGCAAAAUAAACUUCUGUCGGCUCAUAGUUAAAUCAAAGGGAACUUCGAGGUACUUCGUCUUGCAUCGGCACAUGUAGAAUUUAUAGCCUCUAGCAGCAAUCGCAGGUAUUUGCCCAAGUACCCGUCAUUGCUUAAGAAUAUCAACUUAGUUUAAUUGGCUAAAAUUGUUUUUUUUUUAUAUAUAUGGCUGUAUAAUUUUAUGUAUAUGGAUGUCUGUAUGUAGUCAUGUGUGUUUAUUUAUUACAUCAUAAGUUAAAAAAAUUGUUUUGUUCAUUUUAAACUUUAGACAAAUAAAUUAAAUUACGCUCAGACUCAGCAUUCACUAA